CAUUGGUGUCAGCUGACGCACUCACACAUUCACUCGGAAGCGGGUGGGCAAACAUCGUCUCCGGUAAAACCGAAGUCCCUGUCAGGUAGUUUGAUUACCUGGUUUCGUCCCUCGAACCACACGAAGAAAGCUCGAGAUGUCCGGGGCCUGUGGUCUCUUCAUGUAUUUCGCGUUUGGAAGCAAUUUGUUGAAGGAAAGGCUGCAGCUAGCCAACCCGUCGGCGACAUUUUACAGUACCGGCCGGCUGAAGGACUACAAGCUGAACUUUGGCCUGUGGAAAGAACAAUGUGUAGACAGUGCAUGGCAUGGUGGAGUGGCGACCAUUGAGUUCUGUCCAGGUGCAGAAGUGUGGGGGGUCAUCUGGACUUUGAAUAAAGAAAACCUCUCGAGCCUCGACAACCAGGAAGGAGUGAGCGCCGGCAUAUACUCUCCACUGGAGGUCUCAGUGGAGACUGAUAAUGGGACGGUGCUCUGCAGGACGUAUCAGAUGAACAACUUCCAUGCUGCUCCUCCCUCUCCACAGUACAAACAGGUGGUGUGUCUGGGCGCAGAGCAGAACGGACUCCCUGUGGAGUACAAGAAGAGGCUGGAGGCCGUUCAAACCAACAACUACAGCGGCCCCUCGAUCCUUGACCAAAUCCAAACAGUCAUGAACCUGACAUUAAAUAGUUCAAAUUCAGGUUCUUGAACUUGGAAAUGAAAGUCAGCAGAAAUCCAUGUGCUGAGCACAUCAAGAAGAGAAUGACGUAUAGAGCAGCUAAUGGGUGAACACUGUAGUGAGGAAGAAGUUGCUUUCUUGCCGAUUAUAGAGCUUUUGUGUUUUAGCAGGCUUUGUGAAUACCUUAAUACACUACCACAAAUUCUGUUAUAAAACUAUGAUUGAGACUGUGAGAUAUGGUUAAUACAACAGGAAAAAAAACGUUUUGUUUUGCAAACCACUCUCUUAUGUUAUGAAAGUGGCACCCCUGUGUGGACAGAACUUAACAAUGCAUGCAUUUAAUAAUGAGAUGUUUGGCUGGGCCCAGCAAAAACCUCAUCUUAAUCACCGCUGAUCCAUUAUAUUGUGUUUUCAAUUCAAAGACUUAAUAUAUGCCGUGUGCAAAACUGCAGUGUUUCUCAGGGGAAUAUUAAAGACUAAUGAC